AUGGAACUGGCUGCUAGGGUAAGGUGUCUUUGUUUCUAUCAAGUGUUAAACUUGCCUUUAGUUCACCCUACCCUACAUUAUCAAGGCUGAAAAUUGUCUUUCAAGGACUAGAUCUAUCUAUAUUAUUCAUGUUUUUAGCCUUUCCUUAGAGCUUUCUUAUCUUUUUAUGACAAAUCUAUAUUCACUGAUAUGAUUUUAUUACUUCUUAUCAUAAAAACUCAAUGUAAUUUUAAAAAAACUAAAAAAUGACCUUUUCGAUACCUACAAAUGCCUUUUUCAGAGCCUGGAGAUGGCCCUGACCAGAGACAGUUCGGUGUUGGAGCCGCUGCAAAGUCAGUGGAGUAAGGGUGGGAGUACGGAAAAGGGCAGUAAGGGACGGGCCGAACUGGCCAAUCCCGAGAUCCUGGAUUUGGUGGAACAGUCGGACAAAGAAAGCAUAGCAUUCCAGUUAUGGCACUCGGAUGCGCUGUACAGUCAAUACUUUGCUCACAUGAAUUCGGGUCGAUUGAAGGUAGAUUCGGUGGUUUAGAGGGUUUGAAGGGAAAUUUAUGGUAUUCAAGCUUGUGUUUAUUGUGUUUAAACUCAAGUUUUUUGUGUUCGAGCUUACAAUUCUGGUGUAUAAACUCAAAAUCUUUAUAUUCUUCAUGUGUAAGAUAGGUAAAAUUAGCAUUUUCGGAAAAAAACCUACAAUGUUACCUAAAAUUGGCUUUUUUCAUUAGAAACAUCUUGUUUUAGGCCUUUUAACCCACCAAAACAAACGUUUUUUCACUUUUUACCUUUUCCACCUUAUUUUUGCCACUCUUUUUUGAAGCGAAAUAUUUUGCAGAGUAUGCUAAUUGAAUUGUUAUUGUUUACAAUGUUAGUAACUGAAUUGAAUUUGCAAAAAAAUAGGCUAAUUCAAUGAUUUUUGCUCGUUUUUUUACAGGUUUUGGCUCAAAAAUCAGCAAAAAAAACUCCAAAAAUUGACAAAAAAGGACCAAUUGGUAGAAAGGAUACCUAAAUUCACACAAAAAGGCUUACUAACAUAAACAUAUGUGUCUUUUUUAUCUUUAAAACUACAUUUUUAGAGUGCCAUGUCAUUUCUAGUCCUACUGAGCGUGUUCGAAAUGACCGUGCACGCCUUAACCUCGUCGUGGUUCCGGUUCGCCGCCAUCAACAUAAUCACGAUGCUGCUGGUACUACUGCUGUGCGUAUGGAAGAAGCAGACGCUGGCGUUGAGCUGGGUUGUUAUCAUAUCAUCGGGUGUUUUGUUAUGUUUUGCUCCGGUCUCGUUGAGAUCCUCGUUGACCGUUCUCAUGUUGUUCUUAUGUUACACACUGCUGCCAUUACAAUUGAAGCCGAGUGCAAUCGCGGCCAUUUUUAUCACUUCGAUUGCUUUGUUGUUGGAGGUGCUCACUCAGCAGGUCGGCGUUAAAGGUAAGGAUGCAGGCAGAAAACAAUUUUUUUAAAUUUUUAAGAAAAAAAUUUAUGAAGAAAAUUACCCCUCCCACCCUUUCCCAACGCAAAAAAGACCAUGUCUAACACAAAAGUUCAAUAAAUUUUUUAAAAUUUUAAAUUUUUUCAGGCUUCGCAGCCGAAGCCCUCCUACUCCUAGCCAUGAACAUAAACGGCGUUUUCGUAUAUUACCCUACCGAACUUGUACAACGUCGAACGUUUCGAGAAACCCGCAAAUCAGUUGAAAACAGAAUCCAACUCGUUCGCGACAACGAAAAACAAGAAAACAUAUUGCUAUCAGUGCUGCCGAAACACAUUGCAAACGACAUGAAAAAGGACAUUGACAAUAAGGAGAACGAGGAAAUGUUCCACAAGAUCUACAUUCAGAAACACAGUAACAUCAGCAUCCUCUUCGCCGACAUUUGUGGAUUCACAAAUCUGGCUUCAACGUGCACGGCCGAAGACCUGGUCAGAACGUUGAAUGAGCUCUUCCGAAGAUUUGAUACCCAAGCUCAUGAGAACAACUGUAUGAGGAUCAAGAUUCUGGGCGAUUGUUACUACUGUGUCUGCGGAUUGCCAGAGCCGAGGGCGGAUCACGCUUAUUGGGCGGUCAAGAUGGGCAUGGAUAUGAUUCACACGAUUGAACUAGUCAGAGAUCUGUAUGGUGUUGAUGUUAACAUGAGAGUGGGCAUUCAUACUGGCAAAGCACAUUGUGGAGUGUUGGGACUGAAGAAAUGGCAAUUUGAUGUGUGGAGCGAUGAUGUUACACUUGCCAACCAUAUGGAAAGUGGUGGAAUUCCCGGGUAAGUGUUAAAGAUUACCUAAAAAUAGUUUUAGAUGACAAAGAGUACAAUAAAGAACGAUAUUGCGACAGAAAAAUAAAAAAAAGAAAUUUAAUCGUUUGUAUAACUUGUCACUUUUGUACGGCGCAGUCUGCUAUGCUCGUCGUAAAAUACGGAAGAUAGCAACUUUUGUAAAAAAAAUCUUCCAACUUUGUUACCCUUUACAAUUUUUACUGAUUUUAUACCAAAAUAUCGAAAAAUAUCACUUUAAAAUAAUAUUAACAUUGCCAAUAUGUAAUCUCGAUAUUGUUUUAGGCGAGUUCACAUCACGAAAGCGACGUUAGACGCGUUGAAUGGUGCGUUUCAGGUGGAGCCAGGUCAUGGAAAAGACAGGUCGAAAUAUUUGGCCGAGCACAAGGUUGAAACCUUCUUGAUAGUGCCAAAAGAAGAGGACGAACCUUUGAGCAAGAGAAGUCAAGUACAUACCUCAACAAAAGCUGAACAACUGGCCGGAAUAUUGGACAAACAUGGCAAUUCUGUUAGGUAUGUUAUAUUUAUUUGUUUUUGAUUGAUUUAGGUGGAUUUAAUGAAGGUUUUGAAGUUUAAAACAAGGUAAAGUACGGCAAUUUAGCUUUGUUGUUGUUAUUUGUCGAGAAAUAGGUAACAUUUACGGUUUUUUAUUGAAUAAUGUAAAAUACGCCAUCUCACAGAUAUGUAGUUAUCUCAUUCAAAGUAGUUUUCUUACAAUAUAAAAAACAUUGUUUUAAAUAAACUAACCUUUAUUUCUUUAGCAGACGAGAGCUUUCUCGACCAAUUGAAGAAGAGGUCGAUAAAUACCUGGAGCGAGGGAUUGAGGCGAUCAACAAGGAGUUAUGGAAGACAGAUUAUUGUAACAAAUACACAUUGGUCUUCAAAGAUUUGAGAAUGGAAGCAAAGUUUCUUCAGUACAAAGCCAAUGCGAUAUUAAUGGAAUUGGCUUGCUUGUUGACCAUAUUCAUCUUGAGCUCGUUUAUGCUGUUUGUUGGGGAUUUGGAGUGAGUUUUUGAUUUUUUAAUGGAGGUUUUGAUGAAGCCCACUUUAAUUUCUUUUAAAUUUCAUAAAUCUUUAAUUUUUAUAUAUUAAAAAAUCAAUUUUUAUUACCUAAAUAUCUAUUUUCAGCUCAAAUGACAUGUUCAUAGCCAACGGCCUGGCAGUAAUGCUAGUCUUUGCUCUAGUCCUUCUAUUAGCGUCUAAAUCAAUUGGACAUCACAAGAUCUUUGGUUUAAUAAAGCAUCGGGACGAAUCAGAAAAGUUUAAUCCGCCAAGAAGACGAAAGAUGCACAGUGUGCACAGAUACCCAAAGUUUACGAUCGUACUGGCCGUUCUAUUCUUUUGUACUUACUUUAUAUUUCUACGGUUUUUGAUGUUCGAUCAUUAUGGCAAUACUGAACCGUGCAGUUUGGAGUGUAGUGAAGGGAAUUCGAUCAUUACGAAUUAUUGUGCUUCUAUACCUAAUCCUAAAAUUGAGGUAAAGUUUUUUGCUUUAUUUUGUCUAAAAUGGCGGGUUUUUAGCUUUUUAAAGUUGAAAAUUUUUUUUAAUUUUUAAAAAUUGAAAUUUUAAAAAAGUUAAAUUUUUAAAAUUUAAACAAUAAAAGUUAUAAAUUUCAGCUCGCCUUUGAAGGAAUAUUGUUGAUCCUGUUAUCUGUUUGUGUUUUUCAAUCCUUCUUGGCUAUGGAGAAGAUGUUAUUAGCUGGUCUUUUAUGCUUCUUCGCUCAAGUCGCUUUAUGGACAUUACCAUUCCCAGCACUUCAGAAUCGCCAAUUCCAUGUUUGGUUGAAUCUGAAUGAAGGGCUACACAAUGCAACGGUGUAUGCACAGGCUAACGCCUAUUGUCAGUAAGUCAUUUUUGAAAAUUUGGGUUUUGGGUGGGGAUAAAAUUUUUUGAGUGGCGAAAAAAAGUUUUUUUUUGGGGGAUAAAAAAACUUUUGUUGGACAUGGUAAAAAACGUCUUUAGGCGGUACAAAUUUUUUUUGAGUGGGGUAGUUUUUUUUUUGUAAAAUAUUUUUUAGUUUAGUAGUUUUUGUGAGGAGUAUAAAAAUUUUAAAAAUGUCUUUUUAGAGAAUACAAAUGGUCCACAGAUCUUCGUUUUUACUACACGUUUAUCACAUUCUUCGCUUUUACUCUAGUCACGAUACAAAGUCGAAGAUCCGAAUUGAUUGCUCGAUAUGACUUUAUUUGGAAACUACAGGUAAGGGCUUACUUUUUGUUUCUAUUAUUUUAAAAAGUAAAAUUUUAGAAAAAAAAAUUUUAAUUUUAUGUCUCUCAAUCCUUCUAAUCCUGACCUUGUUUCAGGCGAUUGGUGAAAACGUCGAAAUGAAGCGAACUCACGAGCAAAACCGUCGAGUCCUCGAGAACAUCCUACCAGCCCACGUUGCCUCCCACUUUCUAACAGCUCUUCCAAUGAGUCGUGCAGAUCUCUACAGUGAAGGCAGAGAGAAUGCAUGUAUAAUAUUUGCGACAAUAACUGAAUUCAACAAAUUCUACGUCGAAUUGGAUGGAAAUAACGAGGGCGUGGAAUGCCUGAGGCUGUUAAAUGAAAUCAUCGCAGAUUUUGAUGAACUCAUCAGUCGACCUGAGUUUAGUUGUAUCGAGAAGAUUAAAACAAUAUCGACCACUUACAUGGCUGCAUCUGGUCUUACUGGUACUGCGGAAGGGAAUGAUCAUGUUGUCGCGGUUGCCAACUUUGCGAUCAAGUUGCUGCAAAUGAUCAAACAUAUUAAUGAGCAUUCUUUCAAUAAUUUCAGUUUAAGAAUUGGUAAGGAAUUUGUUUUUAAAUUGAGAAAAUUAUUUUAAAAUUCAAAAAAUGAUGGUUUAGGUUUGCACGGUGCAAAAUAUCAUGGAAAAUGAAAUUUAAAAAAAUUUAUCUAUGUCAAGUUUUUAUAGCCUUUUAUAUUAUUUAUAGCCUUCAAAAUGAAUUUACCAAAAUUAUUUUUAGGUAUAAACAUUGGUCCAGUUGUCGCAGGUGUGAUUGGUACCGAAAAGCCACAUUAUGACAUUUGGGGAAACUCGGUUAAUGUGGCUAGUCGAAUGGAUAGUUCUGGCCUUGCUGGUAUGUUUUUAUACUGUAUUUUACCUAGCUUUAUCGUAUUUUAAAAUUUUUGGAGAAAAUCAUUUUUGGGGUUUUGCACGGUGCAGUCUUUAGUUUUCUGCACCGUGCAGCCAAUUUUACUGUUUUCUGAAAAUUUUUUAUCUUUUGAUUAAAGCUUUUUUGACGGUUUUGAAACUUUUUGUUUUGUUGUAUUUUAGAAUUUUUUGAAACUUGACUUUGUCUUGUUUUAGGUAAGAUCCAAGUGACGGAAGAGACGAAGCAAGUCCUCGAGCAAGAAGGCUUCAAGUUCGAAUGUCGAGGUCAAAUUCCAGUAAAGGGCAAGGGUUUAAUGACGACGUACUUCUUGAUAACGCCUGAAGAUACGACUUCUUUGCCGGAUACUACAGACGUAUUUUAG